AUGGAGUCAACUGCUUUAAGUAGAAGGAUAGCCCAAUGGCAAAUUCUGCUUUCCGAAUUCGAUAUAGUUUAUGUGAACCAGAAGGCUGUGAAAGGGAAUGCAAUAGUAGAUUUUCUAGCCAAAUACGAAGCAUGUAUUAUGGGAAUUUGUGCAGCUAUCACACGAAAAGUCAAAGUGCUAGAGGUGUAUAGAGAUUCUGCGCUUGUAAUCUAUCAGCUUAAGGGUGAAUGGGAAACAAGGGACCCCAAGCUGAUUAGUUACCGGAAGCUAGUUCUAGAAUUAAUUGAGGUGUUUGAUGAUAUCACUUUCUGUUAUCUCCUGCGAGAUGAGAACCAGAUGGCUGACGCCUUGGCUACCUUAGCUUCUAUGAUCGGAGUAAAUAAACAAGAGGAUAUGAAGCUGAUCCAAAUGAGUAUUUGUGAGGCUCCAACUCAUUGCUGCAAUAUCGAAGAAGAAGAGGAGAGAGAUGAUUAUCCUUGGUAUCAUGAUAUUCUACGAUAUGUGAAGAACUAUAAAUACCCUGAUCAGGCAACUGAAAAUGAUAAGAGAACGUUGAGGAGGCUGGCCAGUGAUUGUGUCUUAGACGAAGAUAUCCUAUAA